ACAACCCGGAAGUAACACAUCUUCAGCAUGAAAACCUUUUCCUUUGCGUCUUAUUCCUUCAUUUACCGGCUGAAUCCAAGGGAUCUGUGACUUCUUUCCUACAAAGGAAAUUGAGAACUGGACCUUCUUUCGGUGGCUUUAACAGAACCAGAGGUCUCCCCUAAAUGACGACGCUUCAGAACACGAGCGGGAGGACUGGCCACACAGAGUCCGUGGCGUGUACAGUCAAACCGCCUGUUAGUCUGCAGAUCGGCAAAUGCAGAGCAGACGCAGCUCACACUGGAGUGUGUGUGGUGGAUGUCAGCCUCCCCUAUGGAAAACCUGUCAAUAUUGAGGAAAUCACCUUUAAGAACUACUACACGGCCUAUGUGAGUCUGCGUUUGUUGAGGAGGGGCCCUGGGGACGGCCCUGCCCGCUGGUGCACGGCCCUCCGAGACCUGCCCCUGAUGGACAACCCCCACACCGAGGGGGGCUCCCAGGACUACUACUCUCUUCACAGGACACAGAUGCAGGUGGAGCCGGAUCAUGUGGUGUCGCUGAGGUUGAUCCUGAGACAGCCGUCCUCUGCCUGGCUCACCUUCAGCCUGGAGGACAUUAAAAUAUUCCCUCACACAGAGCCGGAUCCAGAGAAGGAAGUUUCUGAUUGGCUUUCGGACUUGAUCCUGGUUGACCAACACCCUGAUGUGGAGGGCCUCCCAGACCCCCAGACGGUUUCGUCCAGUAUCCAGCAGAUGUGGGCUCUGACUGAGGUGAUGCAGACCAACCAGACUACAGCCUCCAUUGGACGAUUUGAUGUGGAUGGAUGCUACGAUAUCAACUUACUCUCCCUGACGUAACGAGGCCAUCGAGCUUCAACGCGCAGGUCUCAUCUUCUCUGUUUUCUUCUCAUCCACUGAGGAAGACAGGACCGAAGAGCAUCAACAACAGUACCAGGACAUGGACUGUGGAUUCAUCCUGAUCCUCACGUUCAUCAGUACUUAAGCAUGUCAUCAACGAAUAAAAAAGAUACACAAAAAAAGAACAAACUUCAAUGAAGCAGUUACUGUGUCAUGUAAAGCUAUGUAUAU